AUGGCCAGGUUCAAAGUCUUGGUCACGUUUGUUGAACGUGGGGGUGGAAGCCUCUGGAGCACAUGGUGUGUCAUCUUCUGCAGCGUGGGUGGGGGUGUCAUGGAGAAGGAGGAGGAAAAAGGGGGGGGUAGUCUGUCCUCAGAGGCAGAUGGCUGGUCCAUGACGAGAUGGUGCUGGCCGGGCUCCAUGUGCUGUAGUGGGUAA